UAGCAAAAUAGUCUACAGAUGCAUGUCUCUCCUUGGCCACCUUUGAAAACAUUCUUCAUUAACCCUUUCCGUUACGGAGAUAGUGCUACUGUUCCUUACGAGCGCUGAUAGUUGCUGUACCUUCUUGUGGAAGAAUGUCAAUAAUUGUGGCAUAGAGCAGAGCUGGGAAACUAACUUGCCAGUUGAGCUAGCUCGCUAGCGGAUAACCAGGCUCCGCUCGACGACAUAAUAGGCUGCUGUUCUGCUUUUGGGAACACGGCGUGCUCAUUGUGUCAGAUCAACCCAGCUUUCGCUGGGGGUAGUAUUUUUUACUAUUACUAUUUUCAGAUAGUAUCUCUGCUCUAGCUUAUCUAUCAAGAUUGCCUUUGUUGUGUAUUCUUCUGCCCUGAACGUGGCACCAGCUUACUUGCUAGCAACUUAGCCGGUCCCCGGUGCGUUCGCAGCUUUAGCAAAGCACUGCUCUGAUUGCGCUGGCUAAAAAUACACUUCUUGUCCUAUGCUCAGUGCCCCUCCAAAAGUGGUGGGCUAGUCCACGUUGAACUUGUCUUCGGCUUUUCUGGUCACAUUGCUUGGAGUUUGGCGCUCUACAUGGUCACUACAGCGAAUUUAAGACGACUGGAAGAGCGAGUUGGACCCCGAGGUUGUGAGCCGAGCUGGCCUGGUCUAACGUUACGUCGUACCGGCUGGGGGGCUUCAAGUCUUUGGGUGAUCGGUGGCCGAACAUCAUUUUGUCCUAAUGGCCUUGUCCUGUUACCUGUAGUAAUAUAACAGGCCUUGGUCCAACCCAAGGUUGCAAGACCAAAACUUUGUAGAGGUCCGAGAAAAACGCUUUGUUCCGACUGUCAGCUGUCUUGAGAUUGGGGAGGCAGACUUCAUCUGUCCGGAGCAGGACACCAUGUCGGAGGAUAACAACGCAGACAAGUUCAUCAAGGAAAUAUCCAUUCUGGAUGAGUACAACAUAAACUGGACACAGAAGUUGGGAGCUGGCAUCAGUGGACCUGUCAGAGUUUGUGUGAAGAAGUCAACUCAGGAACGCCUGGCCCUGAAGAUCCUCAUUGAUCGCCCCAAGGCCAGAAAUGAGGUGCGUCUCCAUAUGAUGUGUGCCAACCAUCCAAACAUAGUUCAAAUCCUGGAGGUUUACGCCAAUAGUGUCCAGUUCCCUCAUGAGUCUAGCCCCAGAGCGCGACUUCUGAUAGUUAUGGAGAUGAUGGAGGGUGGCGAGUUGUUCCACAGAAUCAGUCAACACAGGCACUUUACUGAAAAAAUGGCCAGCCAGGUCACUAAACAGAUCAGUCAAGCCUUGGAACACUGUCACUCCCUAAAUAUUGCACAUCGUGACCUGAAGCCAGAGAACCUGCUCUUCAAGGAUAACUCUCUGGAUGCACCUGUGAAGCUGUGUGACUUUGGCUUUGCCAAAAUUGAUCAAGGAGACCUGAUGACCCCUCAGUUCACUCCUUACUACGUAGCACCUCAGGUACUUGAGGCUCAAAGAAGACACCAGAAAGAAAAGUCUGGAAUCAUACCUACCUCACCUACUCCUUAUACCUAUAACAAGAGUUGUGACUUGUGGUCUCUUGGCGUGAUUAUCUACGUAAUGUUGUGUGGCUAUCCUCCGUUCUACUCCAAGCACCACAGUCGCACCAUCCCAAAGGACAUGAGGAAGAAGAUUAUGACAGGCAGCUUUGACUUCCCUGAAGAUGAGUGGAGCCAGAUCUCUGAGAUGGCUAAGGAUAUUGUGCGCAAGCUGCUGAAGGUGAAGCCAGAGGAGAGGCUGACUAUUGAGGGAGUCCUGGCUCACCCUUGGCUCAACUGCACUGAGGCCCUCGAUAACGUGCUGCCCUCCGCCCAGAUGAUGAUGGACAAGGCGGUAGUAGCAGGUAUCCAGCAGGCCCAUGCAGAGCAGUUGGCCAACAUGAGAAUUCAGGAUCUGAAUGUCAGUCUAAAGCCCCUGAACUCUGUCAACAACCCAAUCCUCAGGAAGCGGAAACUACUAGGCCCCAAGCCCAGUGACAGUUUCUUCAUUAAUGACCCAGAGAACGGCGGGGAAGACUCCAACGUAGCACUGGAAAAAUUACGAGAUGUCAUUGCACAGUGUAUACUACCACAGGCUGGAGAGAACGAGGAUGAGAAGCUGAAUGAGGUGAUGUAUGAGGCCUGGAGGUUCAACAGGGACUGUAAACUGCUGAGAGAAGGCCUGCAGGGGCUCAGCUGGGACGGACGAGCCUUCUCAGAUAAAGUUGACCGCUUGAAGUUGGCUGAAAUAGUGAAACAGGCCAUUGAAGAAAAGACGAAUCUCCAAGAAUCUCAUUAGCAAACGCUGUUUUUCUAUCUUCUUUUUAUAUUGUUUAUUACCCUUUUUAACCCAUAUCUGUAAAGACGCUUUUUAUGUAAAAUGAUUGCUAAUUGCUAAUUUUUUUGUUUUUUCAUGAAUUCACUUGCAAGACCUAUUGUACAGCUGUAGAUAUAUUUCAAAAAGGACUCAUUGGUACAACAAUGUUUUUUUUAAAUGGACACUUGCGAAGAACAUGGAAAAAACCUAUAUUUUCAUUUUUGCAAAAAAAGAUAAAAGAAGAGAAAAAUCAGUGAAAGAAAUUAUUUUCUGGGAGGGAAUUUUUAUUAGCUGCUUGUCCAAGAUGUCAUGUGUUUUAUCCUAGUUAUUUCAUUUUAUUCUAUUUUAUUUUCUUUUAACCAUCCUAAGAAUUUUAUUUAUUUAAACAAAAAGUUCCAUUAUUUUAUACUUACUUGUAGCCUGGCAGCGGGCUCUAAAGUUGAGAGAAGCUGUCUACAAAUGUGACUUCGUUCUUCCACGCCCUUUCUGAAUCUCAGUGGAGAUAAGUGUCAUGAAACAGAAAAAUGCAGCCUUGAAUCCUUUCAUUUUGUCACAAUUUCUCUCUUAAGGCUGGUAAGAGAUGGCACGAAAUAGAUCUAAGCAGACUGUACAGGCAUAAACACUAUGGCUGGUUCUCAUUUAGAUCAGUGUGUUUUUGACGGACAAAUCUUAACUUAGGGUCCACUUACUAUUUUUUUUCUGAGAUUUUAGCCAUCUUAAUCUCUUCUUUAGAAGAUAGAUUUUUUUCAGACCCAGAGAUGGGGUUGAAAGCUCUAAAAAAAAAAGAGAUGGAAAGUGGACCUUGAUUUAAGACCUUAUUGGCUGUUUUCAAGGUCAAGACUGACUUUUCUAGAUUGAUGUAGGUUUCACAAUCUCUCAGUUCAGCUCUUAAGCAUGAAGUGAUGAUACUGUUUGUCAACUUCUGAAGUUUGUGUGGCAAGUAAAAUGAUUCUUCAAAUUCUUUCAAAUAUUUUCAACGGCUUUUUGUAUGUCUGGAUAUAUAUGAUGUGAAUCCGUGAUCCGAAAGAUCUUAAGUUCAGUCGUCGUUUAAAGUUGUUGAUCUGUGAAAUUGACAGGAUCUUAGCUGUUCUGACGUUAAGUUGUAUCUACUGGAAUCCAGACCAGGGUCAGUUAAUCUUUAAGUCCAAGACCGCUUGCUGCCUGAGCAUUCAAAAAACCUGCACAUUUUUGGUGUAUAAAUGCCAGAAAAGAUCAAUGGGAGGUUUCAGCAUCCUUGAACAGGUCUUGUUAGGAUUUUCAGUGUCAUAAAACUGCUGUGCUACUGAAUUUGCAGUAGGGCAAUAAUUUAUCAUGUAUAAAACAUGCCUGUACAUGGCAGUGAGGUAGUAUGUAUUAGUUUGUCAGUAUUGCUGUCUACAACACAGACCUUCCCUGCUUCAUUUAAAUGGUCUGAAUACCAGCAAAUGCCACCUUCCUUCGCCAGUCCUCACCCUUUAGUUGUAAUUAAUAUCAUAUCAUUGAUUAGUCAGAGUGAAAUCUUCACUGCACUGUUUUACUCUAGUGCUCUAGUCAUAUCUGAUAUUAUUUCUUAAGAGAAGGGACUCAUGUUUAGGUAUUUGAAUGAGGCAAUUCAGAUUAUUUCUAAGACAUAUGUUUUGUUUAUUUCAAAAAUUCUCCAAAAUUUGUCAAGAAAUUCUUGAUCUUCUUCAUCUUAAUGAAAAAAUAUGUUUAUUCUGAGAAAUUAUCAUUGCUUUCUGGUGUGAGCCACUCAUCUCCAAUUCUAGUAAUUUUUAAAUUAGGAGAUGAACCGAAGAAGUACGUUUUUCUUUGUGGAUUUAAAAGAAUUUCCUACUUAUUAAGCUAAAUAAACCAUUGGAAUAUCUGGAAAAAUGCAUUGUCUUAUAGCAAAAAAACCCCCCCAAAAAAACAAACAGGGCUGCUUUUCUUGGCUUAUGAAAAAUUAACGGACAGUGACAAUAUAUGUGUAACUGACAUGAAAACAAAGUGCAAGCCUUCCUUUGUAUGUCUCUAUCUCUUGUUUGGCUUAAAAACUUAAAUUUGAGCAAAGGCUGUCAUUACAAACCCAGACACAGCUUGUGUUUGAAAAGGCCUUAUUCUUACACGGCUAUAUUUUACGCUCAAAUGUGCCUUGUUGAUGAGGCGGCAUCUUCAUCCUUUACUGCUCUCAUCAGUAGAAAAAAAAAAUCACAGGAUGAAGGAAAAACUGAAACAGAGCUGAACAGAAACAGAAUCACUGAAAAUAGUAAUUUAUCCUUCUGGCUGUGAUUUGCUUGUUUUCAUGUGAAGAAAUGACGGUAUUUGAUUUGCAAACCUAUGUUGAAAUUCAUCUAGCAUCAUAUUUGGCCAAAAAGAAAAAAAAUCCCCAUAAGAAAGAGAUUAAUGAAUUGGUUUAUGUCAUGAGAUAACCCUUUAUUUCCCAACAAAGACAUUAAAGAAAGAAAUAGUUCAACAUUUUGGAAAAUUUUUCUUAUGUCUGGCCCAGAGUUAGAUGAAGAAACCACAAUUCACCGUUGUACCGUUGUCUCCACUGGUUGCUUGGCAACAGGCCUCGUCCAAGAAAUAGUCCAGUGCAUAGUCCCUGUAAAAUGGUGGAUUAUCAUCAGUCUUCUUAUUUCCACCACAAAGCAAAUUCAUUAAACAUAACUGCUUCCUAAUGCUACCUUUUAGAGCUGCAACACUCAGCUGAUUAAUCGAUUAGUCGUUCUACAGAAAAUUAAUCUAAUUAAUCAACUGUUUUGGUAAUUGGUCAAUUGUUUUGAGUUACAGCUUUUCAGAUGUGACUGUUUUGACUGACUGUUGGUGAAACAAAUCAAGAUAUCUGUACGCUUCAAUACUUUGGAUCACGAGAAACAGGGAUUAAUUAGAUAAUAAAAAGAAGUGUUAGUCGUAGCCCUAUUCGCUUUAAUGUGCAGAAGUCGUGUUUGUUCUUUAAUUUACCAAAUGUUCGAUCAUUCACUUGAAUGCAACACAUCAAGUGUACAGUAUUUCAGAAUCAGCAUAGCUUCUCACUAAAAGUGGGAAUAAAAUGCUGCUGUUUUGUGUCACUUUGACCAUGUCUGUUUGAAUGUGUGACAGUUAUGCAAUUAAUUUAUGUUUGCGUGUGUGUGUCUGGUUCACUGUGCUGAACUUUCUUUGUAUUUCUGGAGGCCUAUCAAUGAAUCAGAGCUGCUUCCUAUAAUCUCUUCCCAACCCAUAAAUGACAGAAUUUAUAUCCUCUGCUGCCCAAGGGAGCAUUAUUGUUGAAGGACAGUUUAUUUAUUAACAUUGUUGUAUUGUAAAAUCACGUAUCGUGAUAUUGAUACUCCUAUCAAUGAAAACCCCAAGGGAAACAUGCAGUCCUGCUCAGACUCCAUUUACCUGCUGUUUGCUGCCCAGUCUGGCUCAGUGUUAUUGAAAAUCCCAGAGGGCAGUUGGUUUUGAAGAUGCUACCUCCCUCCCAUGCAUCCUAUUGUUGAGUAAUUUCUGCUGCAGGAUGCCCUCAGAUUCACAUUCAAGUUAGCCCAGCUUUAGUCAUACUUAUCCAAAUAUUUUUUUUUUUUCCACUAGUCACUUCCUAGAAAGAGAGAUAAGAUUUCUGAUUUUAUACAGUAAAAGAGGCAAGCUUUCUUGCUUUAUUCAAGUUCUCCCAACAUGGAUGCUGACUGAGGAGAAAUAACUGUUUUUUUGUUUUUUUAAAUACCAGCUCAUGAAAAAUGACCUGAAAGUCAGAAAUGGUGUAGUCAGCACUUCUACUCUUGAUAAAUACCAGUUGCUUCCAUUUGGUCUGCUGUAUAUUCACUCAUAAAGCACAGAGAGGUGGGUUUCUUUAUAUAUACUCACACUUUUUUUUUUUUUUUUUGAGUUUAAAGAAAUGUUUGCUUCUUGGGGUCUGGCAUCAAACAGAGAUGUAAAGAGGAAGAAAUCUAUUUCACUUGAAGUAGCCAUUCCUGUUUAUGUUGAUAAGUCAGGGAGAAAUGUUGAGGAAAGGAAAUCAUUUCAAAGUACCGGUAUGGAGCCCACAGAGCCUCUUCUCUGCUUUACCAGUCUGUUUCUUUUUCCUCUGGUCUGGCAGUUAUGUAGCAUGUAUCCAAAUUCCUCAUGAAGGAUUCGCUGUAUUUUCUGUCAACACAUCUAUUUUUUGCCCUUCCUGCCUUCUUUGGAAUGUCAUCAACAUGCUGACUUUGUAAUAAAGGAAUUCUUUGACUUUUG